AUGUUUAAAGUAAUAACAUCGGUUUCAAGGACGUAUAAUGGCCAUUAUGUCCGGAUUUCCAUGAGGAAUCUAUCAUCCGACUCGCAUAGGAAAAACUCUGAUGAAUUUGAUGUUUUUAUAGUCGGUGGAGGCACUACCGGAACGGCUCUUUACUAUACGUUAUCACAGUUCACAGAUAUUAAAAGAAUCGCAUUGUGUGAGAGACGUUCAAGUUAUGCGUUAGUUGCAUCCUAUCCGAAAAAUAACAGUCAAACUAUUCAUUGUGGCGAUAUAGAAACCAACUAUACUAUUGAAUCCGCAAGAAAGGUCAAACGUGCUGCGGACCUUCUGCGUAAUUAUUUGACAAAACUCCAACCGGACACUCUUCAUAGUAUUGCCAGAGAGGGUCAAAAAAUGGUUAUAGGAGUUGGAGAUGUCGAAUGUGAUUUUAUUGAAAAACGUUUUGCUCCAUUCAAAGAGAUUUUCCCAAGUCUUGAAUACCUAACCAAGGAACAAGUUGCAGCGGUAGAGCCAAAUGUAAUCUAUAGGGGUGACGGUUCCACGAGACCUGAGGAUGUCAAUGCCUUAUUUGUAAAGAAUGAGUUAACUACAAUAAACUAUAUGUUGUUAUCUGAAACUUUUGUUAAAACGGCUGAUUCCACUAAUAAAGACUUGGUACCUAUGCUAAAUACUGAGGUAAAGAAAGUUGUAAAGGAAGGAAAUAGGUACAAAAUUACUACCAAUAAUGGGACAUUUUAUUCUUCAUUUGUUGUAUUUGCUACAUGUGGCUAUUCUUUGCUUUUUGCCCAUAGAAUGAAAAUAGGGUUAGAAUACAGCGUUUUGCCAGUUGCUGGAAGCUUUUAUUUUUCCAAGGAUAUAUUGAGGGGGAAAGUCUAUACUGUACAAAAUCCACAAUUACCGUUUGCUGCGAUACAUGGUGAUCCGGACAUUGUUGCAGAAAACCAAACUAGGUUUGGUCCUACUGCUCUCCCCUUACCGCUUUUGGAAAGAUAUAACUUGUCCAGCUUCCCAGAUUUCCUCAGGGUAUUUAAACUAGAUUUUAAUGUGUUGGCGGUUUAUUUCAACCUAUUUAAGCAAUCUACUAUUAGAAACUAUGUCCUUAGAAACUUUUUGUUUGAGGUACCACUCUUAUCUAGAUGGCUUUUUGUCAAAGAUGCAAGAAAAAUUGUCCCGUCUCUAAAAUUUGGCGAUGUAAAGUAUUCGGUUGGCUAUGGAGGAGUUAGACCACAAUUGGUGGAUAAGAAAAAUCGCAAACUUUUGUUUGGAGAAAGCAAGAUACGUUCUGGAGACGGACUCAUCUUUAACAUUACUGCAUCCCCUGGUGCAACAACUUGUCUUGCCAACUCCGAGAUUGACAUGAGAGAGAUUUGUGAAUAUCUUGGUGCGAAUGUUAAAGAAGACAAACUUAGAAAGACUCUGUAUGAAGGAAGUUACGCUAUAAAAGUAUAA